CACCCUCGCCCACCACCAUGCCCCACCCGUCCACGGACGCCGACCCGCACGCGUCCGCCGUCUCCGUCUCCGCGUACGUCUCCGACAAACCCGCCCUCGCCGCUCGUCCGCCGCGGAGCGCACUCAAGUCCGUCUGCCUCGUCGCCGCCUGCACCCUCGCAAAUUUGAUCAACAUAACGAACAUCACCACCGUGUCCAUCUCCCUCCCCAGCAUCGGCAGGGACCUCGACAUCCCAGAGGCGAACCUCCAAUGGCUCAUCUCCGCCUACUCCCUCAGCUCCGGCUGCCUCCUGCUCUUCUUCGGCCGCCUCGCAGACCUCCACGGCCGCAAGAAAACUUGGCUCCUCGGCUUCCUCUGCAUGGCCGUCUUCUCCAUCGGCUGCGGCUUCGCCCAUAACGAGAUCACGAUCGACGUCCUGCGCGCCUUUCAAGGCAUCGGCGGCGCAGCCGUCGUCCCCGCCUCGCUCGGCAUCCUCGCCCACGCCUUCCCGCCCUCCCGCGCCCGCUCCGUCGCCUUUGCCACAUUCUCCGCCGGCGCACCCGUCGGCGGCGCGGUGGGGAUGAUCAUCGGCGGCGUCCUCACCCAGCUCUCCAAACCCGCCUGGCGCUCCAACUUUUACCUCAUGGCCGGCAUCUGCGCGCUCGCCAUGGCCGCCGGCGCCCUCAGCAUCGACGCCGACGAGCCCUCCACCGAGCCCGACCGCCGCGUCGACUGGCUCGGCGCCUUCCUCGUCACCGCCGGCCUCGUCCUCGUCAUCUUCGUCCUCAGCGACGGCGAGACCGCCCCGCAGCAAUGGAAGACCCCGUACAUCAUCGCGCUGCUCGUGCUCGGCGUGCUGUGCCUCGCCGCCUUCGUCGCGUGGCAGCUCUUCCUCGAGCGCGUGCUCGACGGCGCGCACGGCGCGGGCCGCUACGCGUGGGCGCCCCCGCCGCUCAUGCGCCUCUCCAUGUGGACGCGCGCAAACGGCCGCUUCGCGGUCAUGCAGACGAUCGCGUGCGUAAACUGGUGCAGCUUCAUGGCCUGGGGGUUCUGGGUCCAGCUGUACUACCAGAACUACGUGCAGCUCUCGCCGAUAUUGACGAUGGUGCGCAUGCUCCCGAUGUUCGUCACCGGCGUCGCGUGCAACGUCGUCAUCGCGCUCAUCAUCGGGCGCGUCGACGUCAUGUACAUCGUCGUCGUCGGCACGCUCUUCACCUCUUUCGCCAACGUCUUCUUCGCGCUGAUCGACCCCAACGCGCCGUACUGGGCCUUCGGCUUCCCCGCCGCCAUCUUCUCCGUCUUCGGCGCCGACUUCGUGUUCGCCGCCGGCACGCUCUUCAUCGCAAAGGUCGCGCGCCCGCACGAGCAGAGCGUCGCCGGCGCGCUGUUCCAGACCAUGACCCAGAUCGGCACCGCCUUUGGCCUCACGGUCUCCACGAUCGUCUUCAACCGCGUGCUCGCGCGCCAGACCGCGCGCCUCGACGGCGGCGCGCGCUUCGACCCCGCCGCGGCGACCGCCGCCGCGCCGAGGGAGGCGCAGCUCAGGGCGUAUCAGGCUGCGGAGUGGACCGCGUUUGCGUUUGGGAUACUCGGCAUGCUCCUCGCCUUCUUCCUCCGCGGCGUCGGCAUCGUCGGGCACAAGGGCGAAAAGGCGCACGAGCCCGAGCCGGGGCUCGACAGCCAGGGCACGGUGCACGAGGACGCGCGCGUGCGGCCGUCGCGGCGUGCCAACGCCGCAAAGGCCGCAAAGGCCGCAAAGAGCGCAAAGGGCGCAAAGGGCGCGGGGCUCGCGGCCGCGACGGGGCUCGAGGUGGAGAAGCCGGCCGGGGACGGCGCGCAUGGGGAGGUGGAGGAGCGGGAGCGCACGCUGGAGCCCGAGUCGGGGGACGAGACCGAGACCGAAGGUGAGGGCGGCGGUGAGGGCGCGCAAGAGCCCGUGCGUGAGCGGGACCGGGAUCGGGAUCGGGCGCAGGUGGUGCGCGUGCCGGAGCACGCGUGGGAGUGGGACUGGCAGGAGGCGCAGGCGCGCGCGCGCGGCGAGUCGCCCGUCAUGCGCGCGGUCUCUGUCGAGCCCAUGCCGCUUGUGCGAUGA